CCGGUAUCCUGCUCAGAAAGAAAUUCAGAAAGUGGGCCAGGUCAAAGCCUCCCAACGGGCCUGCCGGAUGGACACAUCAGAGCCGUAAAUCAGCGCAGGAGUGAUGAGACUGAGACUCUAGACCGAUAUACAGACUGGCUGCCACGAACGCAAUGGAAUCGGGGCUGAGAUGUUGAUGGAUACACGAGUGCUCUAAGAACCGAAAGGAAAUGUUUAGGCCUGCAUGUAUUCCUACGGCUGGGCAGAUGGCGAGGAGAGGAAUGGGUGGAGCGACACAAACUUCUCCGGAUUUCUCACCGCCUUUGCCCGUCUGCAUGAUCUCAGGAUGUCCUGUUCGCAUAUCACACAGCCGACCAUCCGAGGGAAGCAGUUCGUACCCGAAUAUGCACAAGGCCCGCACCUAUCGCUGCGGCAGCAGCCGGCAAGAAUUGUGCUCCCACAAGGUCAUUCAUUCGCUGAUUAUCACUCUCUGCGCGAGAUUCUAGGCUUUCGAAAGGGCAACGGACACGAUAAGAAACCAUACCGCGUGACUGAUUAUCCUGUGUCCUUAGAAUUGCAGAUGUCUUUUUCAGAGGAAUUUGCGGUUGCCUUCAUUGAUCAAGGAGUAUGGGAAGAACAUUAUCAAACGGCCGGAUACGAAUCGUUUGUUGUGCAGGUUACCAACCAGAAUGAAAUUUGCGGUCGAUGGGGUCAUCGCGGGUGGGCGGUGACGGCCAUGAUCGACAGGGUGCAUGGAAACCUUAAUGCAAGAGGAACUUGGAGAAAUGUCUAUAGAUGCUAAUCGAAUCACCAAUCCUGAUCGCG